AUGGGCGGCGCCCGGGACGUGGGCUGGGUGGCGGCGGGCCUGGUCCUCGGCGGCGCCUGCUACUGCAUUUACCGGCUGACGCGGGGCCGGUGGCGAGUCGGCCGCGGGCCCCGGCUGCGCCCCUCGCCGUCCGCAGAAGACUUAACAGAUGGUUCAUAUGAUGAAGUCCUGAAUGCUGAACAACUUCAGAAACUCCUUUACCUGCUCGAGUCAACUGAGGAUUCUGUAAUUAUUGAAAGAGCUUUGGUCACUCUGGGUAACAACGCAGACUUUUCAGCUAACCAAGCCAUUAUUCGUGAAUUGGGUGGUAUUCCAAUUGUUGGAGACAGGAUCAACAACCCCAACCACAGUAUUAUAGAGAAAGCCUUAAACGCCCUAAAUAACCUGAGUGUGAAUGUUGAAAAUCAAGACAUCAUAAAGAUAUACAUCAAUCAAGUCUGUGAGGAUGUGUUCUCGGAUCCCCUAAACUCUGCUGUGCAAAUGGCCGGACUGAGAUUGUUAACAAACAUGACCGUCACCAAUGACCACCAGCAUAUGCUUAACAGUUACCUUACAGACUUUUUCCAUGUGUUACUUACUGGAAAUGGAAACACCAAGGUUCAAGUUUUGAAACUGCUUUUGAAUUUGUCUGAAAACCCAGCCAUGGCAGAAGGACUAUUCGGUGCCCAAGUGGAUUCAUCAUUCCUUUCCCUUUAUGACAGCCGCGUAGCAAAGGAGAUUCUUCUUCGAGCACUUACACUGUUUCAGAAUUUAAAUAACUGCGUCAAGAAGGAUGGUCAUUUAGUUCUUAGGUUCACUUCCACCUUUCAUAAAGGUUCCUUGUUUUUUCUGUUAUAUGGAGAAGAAUGUGCCCAGAAAAUGAGAGCUUUAGCUAAUCACCCUGAUGUGGAUGUGACGGAAAAAGUUGUAAUAAUAACGUAAUUCUAACGGGCCAUGUUUCCAGAGUGAUAGAA